ACAGUAAUAAGAAUUCUAAUAUAAAAUGUGAUGUAAAAUUAUAUCACACCUGUCAAAUAAUUCAUAUCUGUAUGCUAUAUAUUACUGGGAAAUUUAUAUAAAUGCUCCAAACAUGAUAUUUGAUAUGAUUUUGCCUGUACAAUUUUGCUUUGCUUGAACUUCAAUGCAAAACAUUUUAUCGAUAUCAAACAUCAUCGAUAAUAAAAGUACAUUCCAUCCUUCAAACAAAAGUGCAUUUUUAGGAAGAGAAAAGGAAAAGGCAAACGAAAAUAAUAGGAAAAUAAGAUAGGAUUAAAUUCUCAUUCAAGAAGAUAAGACGUUUAAUAUUUGAUAUUUCUAGAUGAGAUAUGAAAUAAUUGGUUGAUCUUUUAAAAAUGGAUUUUGAACGGAAAAUCGGUAAAUCCGAUAAGCGUCGAACUUGGCAGAAAAAACGCCAACCACUUGUAACGACUAGAGAUAACCUUCUUUCCGGGGAUACAUCCUUUUCGGAAGAUCGUCGUUUCAUAAAUUGGAAAAAAUGGCUCGCUGAUCGGAAGAAGCAGACUCGUCGCAUCGAAUCAAUUACCGGUCGUUCGCAGGCCGAUCAACUGCAGAGUUCCUCGGAAAGGUUUCGCGCUUUCGUUGAGAUGAAAAAUUUGAUGGAACACGCCGCCAUACCGGUACCAGUGAUCGCCGAUAAAUAUCGCGGUGGGCCGGAAUUUUGGAAAACGUUCGAAUUCCUGCCGGAACGCGGUGAUACUUGCGUGCCGGUAUUGUCAUUGACUCCUAGCAGAAGAGAUCUGAAUCUUCCUCCGGAUUUAAUGCACGUUGGAUUGCCAGAUUUAAUAGCAAAGGAACGGGAUCUCGUUGCUUUAAAACUCAAAGACGAAUCUUGGAAACGCAGUGAUUAUCUAAAGGCUCGAACCGGAAACAGCACGAUUGGUCAUUCAAGGACAUGCCUAUCAGAAAAAGAACAACCGUUAUUACUAUUCCGAAUUCCGCUGACGACUAUCAUGGAGUCUGAGGACGAGUUAUGUGAAGAUGCCAAUCAGGCGGUAGUUCUGAAGAUUCAAGAUCGAGAAUUCGUCUGGAGGAAAUCCUUCUUUGAAACAGAAUCGACAGACGCCGAUCCUAUCAUGUGGUCUCUAUCUUUCACAAGUAAGAUCAAUGAACGGAUAGAAAGAGAGAUUGUCCUCGAGAAUAAAGGAACCCGCGUUAUCGUAUAUCAUUGGCGAGACUUGCCCUUUCGGUCGUACGGCGUAUUCUUAGAGAUACGCGGCAGUCCAUUUUUCUUCAACAAGACAAAAGAACUUAUACUUCCUGGGCAGAUCGUGAGGAUCAAGGUAUGGUAUCGAUCCAGAACGAGCGGAGUCUUCACCGAGUUCUGGCGUUUAGUCACAGACCCGAUAUUAAGUUCCUCGACCUUCGUAUUUCGAUUCUGGGGUUGUACAAAAGAUAGCGCAGAACUGACUGAUUACCGAAUGAUUGACGAAUAUCUCGAUUGUCGCAUUCGUGAUUCGACGAUACAUUCAAUCAUCGAAGAAAUUAUGGACAGAAUAGAUUACGAAUCGGAGCUGCCUCAUGAGACAUCAUUUUCGCAAAGUGACGUGUUCAUCUCUUUAAAUCCUCAUUAUUAUUAUCAUCCAAGUAUUGUGAUGCAAUUACAAGCAAUAUAUUCCGAUGUCACCGAUGAUGAUACGUCAUCCUGGAAUUUGUCACUGCAUACUUUGCGAGAUAUUAUUUUAGAAAUAAAAGAUUCAGAUUACAGACGUGAUAUGCUCGCUCGAUUUAAUGAUCUUUGUAAUCAAAGUCUCAAACCAAACCUGACUGAGCCUGAUGUUACAUAUAGUAGUAAGUAUAACGCUGUGUAUAAUAUUUUGUGUACUUUUGCAAAUCUUUUUGAGGAUGAAAGUGAAUUCGUGAAGAGAAACAAUUUGAUACAAGAGCCGAUAAAAAUGAAACAGAAACAAAUGCCUUUGUCUCAAAAAUCCAAUAACAGUUUACAAAAAGAACGUGGCGAAAAGUUAACUAAGCAAUCAGAAGAUGUACAAGUGCAUACAGAAAAGGAAAAUUCCGAUUUAAAUUUGCGACGUUACAGAGAAAUAUUCUUCGUUCGUAUAUGUAAAGCUUUAGAAGAAGCAAUAGAACAAGUUUGCGCAAGUAUCGAUUCUUUUCAUUAA